AUAAACUAGUUUGUGUUUAUUUCUGUAUUUGGGAAUUGCUCCACUAUGCAGUGAAUAUAGUGGUAAACUAGUUUUCUUGUCAGACAUGUUUUCGUAGACAAAAUUCCAGCGCUUCCAUGAUGUUGGAAUAAGCGUUUUAUAGGACUAAUAUUUAAACUAAUGAAUAUAUUAUGUUUUAGGUCGGAUUUUAUUCUAAAUUCUAAAUUAUUUGACGUAUGUUGUCUUAAAUUUUUAAAACUUCAAAAUCAUACUUAAGCAUCAUGUUUAUUUUAUGCUGGAUUUGGUUGACAUUAUAAAAAUUCAAAGAGCAAUUUGAUAUUUGGAACUUAUUUGUUCAAAAAUGACCAUUUCAAUAUGCGAAAGGAAUAUGUGAGGGAGACUUUUGCUUGGAUGCAUUAUUACUGGUUUUUGACUAAUGAUGGAAUCGAGUUUCUCAGGACUUAUCUCAAUCUUCCAUCUGAGAUUGUGCCAGCUACUUUGAAGAAGCAGGCUAAGCCAGCUGGUAGACCAUUCGGUGGUCCACCUGGUGAUCGCCCUAGAGGCCCACCUCGAUUCGAGGGAGAAAGGAGAUUUGGCGGUGACCGUGAUGGGUACCGUGGUGGUCCAGGUCCCAGAGGGCCUGGUGGUGAGUUUGGUGGAGACAAGGGUGGAGCUCCUGCUGACUACAGACCUUCUUUCGGGGGUCCUGGUGGAAGGCCUGGCUUUGGUCGUGGUUCUGGUGGCUUUGGAGCACCAACAAGUUCAAAUCAUGCUUAAAUGUUAUGAUUUCGGAUCCAGUUCUUGCAGUUUUGGCUGUCUUUAGAUCCUAUAGUAUUUCCAGACAAUAUGCAUGAUUAAUAUGAGCAAUGAAGUGUAAAAUAAAUGAUUUUUACUUGAAAUUCUAUCUUACUUUUCUCCCUUCGAUGUGAUGAACCACAAUAUUGGAGAUUUUGAGUGAAAAAAUUGGAUUGGGAAUGAAGAGCUUUUAGGUGAGGGUUUGUGUUGGAAAACAAUAAUGACAAUGGUUGUGUGAUCA